AUGGCCGCCCCGAAUCGGAAGGCUGUGUUCGACUUCUUCAGCCUGUCGCGUGAACUGCGCGACCUGAUCUACGUUGAGCUUCUUAUCGACAGCCCAGCGGCCAAGCUAUACCAGGAUGGUGAAGAUGUCACUCUUACGAUGUAUGCCACAGAUGCGGCGGCCACGAGUCUUCUCCUCGUGAAUCACCAGUUUAGCGUGGAAUAUCGGGAGCAAGAGCGCCUUGCGAAGACACUCGUUCUCUGGGAUACUUUGAUUGACGACGGACUCUACUCGGACAAGCCUACAAUUUUACACACUAUACCCACUCGCUUUGCUGCCUGCCUGAGAGUUACGGCAAAUCUAUAUCUGCCCAAUUCAAGUCGUCCCUUGCCCGCACAGUGGAACCACGUCGAGCGUGACGUCGUGCACCACGCAGAAUUGCUGAACGAGCUGAUACCGGGCCAGUUUAAGAGCCCAGCAGUCAUCGGAGACCUGCGUUUAGAUGUCUAUCUGAUUGAGUUUUACAACCCCGUCAGAGCAGAUGGGAGCUACACCUCGCGUGAAGGACCGGUGAUGAGGAUCGGUCCGCCACCGCUGUAA